AUGGAUUUCUGCGUAUUGUGGUUCCUGCUCUUGCUGCGUGUAGUCCAGUACCCGCAGCCCGUGGGUGAUGUUUUGGAUGAGGUGACGCAUCGGCAAAUGGAGCUGCGUGCAAAGUUCCAGGAAGAGGAGAGGAUUCGGCUGGAGCGGGAGGUGGAGCAGCUGGCGCUGAUGCAGAGUGGCGCAUCCUGGAGAGACCUGCUCCGGUCUGCCUUGCAGCCCUGGCAGGUCUGGGCAUUUGCUGGGCUCUUGGUUCUUCUCUUGGCAGUAUGGUUUAUGCGGAGGACAAGAAGUCAUGGGGCAGAGAUCAGUUGCAAGGAGGAGAAGGAAAAGGAGAAGGAGGUGGAGAACGAGACAUGCGUGUAUGAUGUGAGAUGGCUUCUAGAGAAGCCUGUAGAGGACCUGCAGACAAGCUGCAACAGGACAAUGGCCCUGAUAGACAAUUUCACAACUGUCCUCGGGCGUGCCUUGAGUGGGACUUUCUACCCGGUGCUACAACAAGCCAUUGGUUUUGGCAGUGCCUUUGAAGGUUGGGCUGCCCGUGAGGAGGAAGUUGUGUACUGGGUGCUCAUACCCCUGACUCCUCCCCUAGGCCACAUUUUCCACCUGGAGCGUGACACUGACCAGCAGAAGCCUGGCAGGAAUUUCUGUGUCUGUGUGGAGCUGGAGUGCAGCUGCCCGAGGGAUUACCAGGGUACGAACAUGCUGUGCUUCCAACACCACCCUGACGUGAUUAGGUGGAGGACUCGUCAGCCCAACCUCCUAGACACGCUGUGCACCGGCUCCUACCUCGACGUGGAGAAAACUGUCCAGUGGUUCUGUGCACUGGUGGAAGCAAACUGGCGGCUUUUGCCCCAGUCACGUAGUUGGCGUUUAGAGCUGCUGCCCUCCAAACGCUCCUGCAACCUCAGCCUGAGCAACAGCCAAGAAAGCUUCCAGGUUAAGGUGCUGUUUGGGGUGCAGCAACAUGCCUCAGACAUCUUUAUCAGCAGCCAGCAUCGAGGGGCCCACACCCCAAGCACAACGUGGCCCGAGACCUACAGCGUGGCAGAGACAAAGUUCUUCAGGCACAUGGCCAGGCAGGCUCCCCAGGACGACUCACACCUCAAAUGCCUGCAGCUCCUUGCCCGUCUUCUUGCGCGCAAGGUCCUUUCCAUCCAUUCCAUCAAGACCAGUGUCACGCGACUGCUGAACACUGUGCCAGCGUUGCAGAGGCACAGGAGACACUUCCUGCUGCAGCUGUCGGAUGCUCUGGAGCAGCUGCGCUUACCUCUGGAAGGCAAACCCCUGGAGCAUUUUACAGUGGGCAACCAGAGGUUUCUGGAGGAGAUCCGGUUCUCCCCAGAUGUACAAAGGGCUAGGCCACCCAACCUGUUCCACGGCCUGCCACAGGAUCUGGCCGUCCACUCCUAGGCCAUGCAAGCCUGCCUUGAUCUGCGCUGUCGCUUGGUAAGAGUGCCGGCCUGAGGCCGCUG